AUGGCUGCUAAGAAGCGUUGCCAACACUCUGACGGAUGUGGCAGCCCUGCCCUCCGUAUCGUAGGCCAGUGCCCCCAUUGCACAUCACAGUUCUGCGGACAGCACCGACUGCCAGAACACCACAAGUGCUCGGGAAUGAGCCAGUGCAAGCAACAGGCAUUCGAGAAGAACAAGGCCAGGCUCGAGCAGGAGCGCACCGUUGCCAGCAAGAUGACCACCGCAUAG